UUCUUCACUCUAUUUGAAAACACACUCCUCCUUCCCUGUCUCUCUCUCCCGUCAAACGGCAACUUCAACUUUUGUCCUCAUUUUUCUCUUCUACAGAAAAGUGAACUGUCAAAAUACACACAGUCACACACUGAUUUUUUUUCUCCUCCUCCUCCUCUGUUUUGACAUUCAAUAAAUACUCACACUCAUCCAAAAAGGCAUACAUUAAUCAGAAAAUACACAGUAGAAUGACGAAGCGAAAAAUAAAACAGAGUUCUAAUACUGGAAAUAGACACCCAGUUUAUAGAGGAGUUCGUAUGAGAAGUUGGGGCAAAUGGGUAUCUGAAAUACGUGAACCGUGUAAGAAAUCACGUAUUUGGCUCGGCACUUACUCUACACCAGAAAUGGCGGCUAGAGCACACGAUGUAGCCGCAUUGAGUAUUAAAAAAAACUCAUCUAUUCUAAAUUUCCCUCAUCUAGUUAACUCAUUGCCUCGUCCAAUUUCACUAUCACCAAGAGAUGUUCAAGCUGCUGCAGCUAAAGCAGCUUCAAUGGAGGAGCCAAUUAUUAGUUCUAUCUCUUCUUCAAAUUCUUCUUCAUCUUCUGACCUUACAUUGGAGACAAUAACAUCAGCAUCAGACGUCGAGUUGGGUGAAAUUAUAGAACUUCCUAGUUUGGAGGGAAGCUUUGACUCGGACGAGUCGAAGACCGAGUUGAGGUUAAGUGACUCAGUUGACGGUUGGCUGUACGCACCGUGGUGGGCGCCAAGCGACUUUGGUGAGUAUUUACUUGAGCAAGACGCCGUUGGAGAGAGUUUAAUUCUUCGCAACUUUGAGAGGCAGAAAUAAACUUUUAUCAUAAUAUUGAUCAAAGUCCAAAGAGUGGUGUGAGUUUUUUUUUUUU